AUGUUAAUGUACAUCAUCCCCAAGGGCCCCACCCGAGCAACCAUCCCCACUUACAAGAAACGGGGUGAUGAAGCAGAAGAACCCGGGAAGGAGCAAAACGAGGGACGGCAGGGGGAAAGCAGCAGCCAGCUGAGGAGGAAAGAGCUGGUUCACUUGCCGACCGGAGAGGUGGUGUCCUCUUACACCCUCCUCGAGCAGAUUCUCAAGUCGUUGGGUUGGGAGAGGUACUAUGAAGGCGACCCCGGCUUCUACCAGUUCCACAAAAGCUCUUCCAUUGACCUCAUCUCUCUCCCCUGGGAUUUCUCCAAGUUCAAUUCCACUCACAUGUACGACAUCGUUGUCAAGAACCCCAACAUCUUCCACGUCCGCGACGCUUGA